CACUCAAAAUAUCUUUCAGUGUCUGUUCAACAUUUUCGAUAUAAGCAGUUUUUCCAUAUUUGAAAAAAUGUUUUCUCAAAAUUUGAUGUGUAAAAUUCAUUAUUUGGCAAAACUAACUACAAUACACGGUCUCUCACCGAAGAAAUUGCCAACCCCGCAACCGGCGAAGCUUAAACGAAACUUCUCAACACCAUCGACGCUGAAAGUAAAGGGGCCGCAAAUAAAAGGUGGGCUCCCUCCGAAAAAGCCAGAAAUGACAACAAUGGGUGGCCUACGUGAAUUUCUACUGCAUCCGCUCACUUGGGAUCGCAAUAAUGGUUACUUCAAUAUAUUGCUGGGUUUGGCCAUUUUCGGUUACUGCUUUUGCACGCAUUGUAAAAGCGAAGGACCGCGUACAGUUUCAUAUGAGCAAAAAGGAAAAAAUAAAAAUUAACUGAAUAACGUUUGAAUGACCUCACCUACAAAAACAACAA